AUGAUUCUCCCAAAAGAUCUGGUACUUUUCUCUUAUUUGAUAGUAUUAACUAGAGCAUCUUUUAAAGGCCCUUUAGGAGCAGCACCAUGGACAAGCUAUGCUUCAAAAUCUGCUUACGCAAGAGCUCUCGGACUACCAGUAACAGGAAUGGACACCAUAACAGUACCUUAUAUGCCAAAAUCUCCUUCCUUCCCAAAAUUUGUUGACCCUAAAAUGAUGAUUUCGAAGAAGACAGAUAUGCUGAGCAACUUGUUUGGUGGCUUGGGACCUGCUUAUCCUAUGAGCUUCAAACCAUUUAUGCCAUAUACAGUAAGUCCAUCUUUGUACAAUACUGUUGACAAAACACCAUUAUUAAGUAAAAGUAACGUGGAUGAUGAAGCUGGCCAGUACAAACGUGGAAUUUUCGGACCUUUCGGUUCGAAACCUUUUGGUCCUAUGGCUUCUAAGUUUGGGCCUAUGCCUCCAUUUUCAAGCUUAAAUACCAUACCUGACUAUAGUAUGAAGGAUGAGAUUUCCCGCAGAAAAAGAAGCAUAGAUGAGUCUACUGUAACAAAACUUCGUUCAAUUAUGGGCACUGGUAAGCCAGAAACAAAAGAUUUGGGACCUUCACCUCCAUAUCCCACUCUUGCUCCAAUUUCUGAAGAACCAGAAGAAGAUGUGAAUGUACUGCUUAAAAAGAUGGGAGGUCCGACAGCACCAAAACAAUAUUUACCAGGAAUGUUUGGACCUUUUGGACCUGUGGUGGAUCCAUCUAUGUUUAUAGCAAAGAAAACUACCUUUUUGGAUAAUUUAUUUAAAAAUACUGUCACUUCUACUCCAACACCAAGUCCAAUUGAAGUUCCAACAACGAAAAGUACCAUUGUACCACCUGACUUUUGGUUACCAUCAUCUGUAAUCCCUAAUCCAACAGAGUACAAUGAUAAAGUAUCAGAGUUCCUGGAUAAAUUGUUUGAAACUUUGAAACUGAAUAAAAGUGUACUAACUAGCGAUGACGAUAGUGCAAAUUUUAAAAACGAUUUGGUGAGAUCUACUGUAUCUGAUGGAAGUCAUGCGCAAUUAAAAAUAGCAAGAUCCAUUGAAGACCUCUCAUCGAUCAACGCCGCUAAAGAUUCGAUUGUUAGCAACAUAUUAUCUGAAUUGGGUGAUUUAAAAAGCAACAUGGUUACAACAAUGAACGAUUUGAUUUCUUAUGAAAAGUCUGCAACAUCACUAUCAUCAAAGAAACCAUUUAAACCUUUUAGUCCCGGUCCAUGGGCAAAACCAACUAUCGAUGGAAUGUUCUCUUUUCAGCAAAAGAUGGGUGUUUUGAGUCAAGUAUUUGAUAUGUUAACUGAUUUACAGAAGAAUAUUACUUUGGCAGUCCAAAAUAUAACAAAAGCAAGAAUGUCAUCCACAGAUGCUUCCGGAGGAGCAUUUAAUGCUAAUUAUCCAAUGACUAAUGACAUUUUUUUUUCCCCUAGUGGUUUGCCCAUUAACAUGAGUCUAUUGGAUGCUAUUAAACAUAAAUUAGAUACAUUAGAUUAUGGAGUGCCUCUUGCAUACAAUCCGAGUUAUAGUAAAUUCGGACUACAGAUGGCUCGAUCACUGCCAAAAGGUCCUGGCUCAGUUUGGGUUUCUUAUCCUGAAGAUGCAGGAGGUAUAAAGCGCGAAAUUGUCAGUGGUGCUGAAUCUUUUCUGAAUGAGGAAAGCAGUCAAAAACAACAAGCACGUUCAGUUAAGAUGCAAAUGCAUCAGGGAUAUCAGAGUUUGCCAGCUGGUUCUAUAGAGUCUGUACAGGCAGGUGGAGGAUCUACACCUGAACACCAAGGUGGAAGAAUCAAGUUAUAUAUACAAAUGCCUGUAUUGCCUAAUAUGCAGGAUCCCAGCGAUUACGAGGACUAUUAUAAGUGGGCCAACUGGAUGGAAUACCUGAGAAAUGACAAUAGAGGAUACAGACAUCACAAUCAUCAUUAG